GGUGUUUUCCUUUAUAUCUUUAACCUUGGGAAUAUUCUUUUUUCUCUGUUUUAGGAAUUUCUCUGUGACCCAAAGUUCAGUGAUGAAGAAGAUCUGGAAGAGAAGUUGGCAGUGUUCAAAGAGAAGUACAUGGAGUUUGACCUGAACAACCAAGGCGAGAUUGAUCUGAUGUCUGUCAAAAGGAUGAUGGAGAAGAUGGGGGCUCCAAAGACCCACCUAGAACUGAAGAAGAUGAUCUCUGAGGUGACUGGAGGGGUUAGCGAGACCAUCUCGUACCAGGACUUUGUCAACGUGAUGCUUGGGAAACGCUCUGCUGUGCUUAAACUGGUCAUGAUGUUUGAAGGAAAAGCCAAUGAAAGCAACCCAAAACCUUCUGGUCCGCCUCCAGAGAGAGACAUAGCCAGCCUCCCUUGAAGAGGACAGGCUGAAAAAUUGGCACUGUUUGCUUUGCUGGUCUGUAACAGAGGUUACCUGUGCUUUGUUACUCUUUACUGUGGACAGUUCUAGUUUUCAACUAACCUGCCUUAGAGGAACAGCAAGGGAAGCUGAAGACCCCCAGCUCACGUCUUUCUGCUGCAUCCCUUAGCCAACUUGAUUUGUUAGACAGAAGUUGUAGCACCAAGUGUAAUGUGAGACCAAAAAA